CCUGUCACAGGGACAGUAACACGGCGAAGUCCAAGUACACGGGGAUCGAGAAGAUCCGGCGCGCUAUUAAAGCGCUGAUGAGAGGCCCCUUUGGGAAGCGCACCAACAUGGGUGACCUUUUUGACGCCCGUGUCCGCUUGCUGGAGAAGAUGCUGAACGCGUUGGAAAACAUGCCGGACAACCCGUUUUUGCAGAAGGCGUUCAUGGAGUACUGCAUGCAGGAGGCCAAAGCCGGGCGCUCAACCCACAACUUGACCAUGAUCGACAUGCUGAAAGAACGUAUAAGUUGUUAUUUUUGAUUGAUUCACGAUGGUAUGCUUUGUUUUUCAUCAUACCAUCGGCGGAAGGCAUUUGGGGACCUCUCUAGAGACCUCCCAAUGAACCUCGGAGUAAACCUCUUAAUCACACUGAGUAAUUGGCGUUCAGAUAGAGGUAAAUUGAGAGGUCUAAGUUUUCACUUAGAAACCUCUGCUGAGUCGCGGCAUCAAAAAAUGCAAAUUUUUCUCCUUCCACCACCUAAAAUCUAUUGAUUUCUUCAUCAAAAAAAGGUCUGCCCAUCCAAGGCGGCGUCGACACGCGCUGGUGCGGCGACUUGUACACGGCCUUGCUCUUGGAUCAGUGGAAGUGGCGGCUCUUGAUGUACUUGUACGAAGUGCGCCCCUUGGUCGUGAACGCCAAUGCGCAGGCCGCUCUCCAUCCCGACGCUGACGAUGACGGCCUCGAGUCCGACGAGGAGGAUGACGCGUAUUUCGGCUCGGAUCCGCGGGAGUUGCAGCGCUUGAUACAGACCGAGCUGAAGCCGGGCAUGACCACCUGCGUGAUCGAGAUGUCCGAAUUCGGCCACUCCAAGUGCAAGAUGUUGAUGAACUUGGUCAAAAUCGGGCCUGGUGAACCGCUGCCGCAGGACGUUGCUGAGCGCAUGACGGACGUGUUGUUGCACCCCUUCACAACGGGCAGUCCUGCUCCGACCUGCGAGCUCAUCCAAAUCAAGCAGGCCCAGGCUAAGUACGCCAUCGCGAAGCGCGCGCUGCACUGCAUCCAGCAGGCUUCUGGCCGGCACGGCAAAGUCGGAAUUUUGGAGGGUCAGAAGCAGCUGUUUCAAACCAUUAGCC